AUUCCCUUCCCAUCAUGGUCUCCCUCCGCAGACCCCCGCGCGUCCUCUUCACGCCCCUCUCCAGUGCUGACGCGCGCGGCUCAUUUCCGGCGACCGCAGUCUGUUGUUGAAUGUACCGUUCUGUCCAGAUUCGGGAUGGUACUCAUCAAGCAAUACCAGGUGCUGUUGCCAUGUUCAGUAGAAGAGUACCAGGUUGGCCAACUGUACUCGGUUGCAGAGGCCAGUAAGAACAACACAGGGGGAGGAGAAGGGAUUGAAGUUCUCCGAAAUGAACCUUACGAGAAGGAGGGCGAGAAGGGCCAGUACACCCACAAGAUUUACCACAUACACAG